AAAUUCGUAGUUAAACAGAAUGUUCAGUAAAAGAAGUUUUAAACAUUAGUUCUCUCUUUGCAUGAAGUGUUUAAGAAGGCUGUGUAAGUCACAUGCAGGGAGGUGUGACUAGAACUGUAUAAACAAAGUGAUAUAACUUCUAAAUGGCAGAGCAUUUAUCAGUGAGACUGCAGGGGUGUGGCCUGUAUACUAAAACUGUUUCAUUAAGCUAAAGUUGUUUUGGUGACUAUAGUGUCCCUUUAAUCAGAACGUUGGUGCAAUUACUAAGCUGCAAUUAAAUGGACAUUUGAGAUCAUUGCUCCAGUUUUAUUGAUAUCUGUGCCUUACUUGUCUAUUCUAACAGUCUUUAUUUCCAUUUGCAGCCAGUUCCUGGCCCUGUUCAGCAGUUUUCUCUUGGGCCUAGGUGAUAGCUGUUUUAAUACACAGCUUCUAAGUAUUCUGGGGUCUCUGUAUGCAGAGGACAGCGCACCUGCAUUUGCAAUCUUUAAGUUCGUUCAGGUAAUGUACAUUUUAAUAGCACAGGUCAUAUACUACUUCAACCUUGGGGCGGGGGCGUGCAUGUACUCACAAUCACCUCCAAGCAGACCUGGUGUUUACCCAUCUCUAUCUGAUAUAUUCCAAAAGCAAAUCUUUCUUGGAUAUAUUUUGAGGUCAGUAAAAACAGAAACCAAAAGGAGAUAUCUGUACACUAAACAUGGUGGAAAAUUGCGUCAAAGUAAAUACAAUAUUAUUAUUUAGAAUAUAAUGAAUAUUAUGUUUAAUUAAGAAGGAAUAAGAUUCAGACUUAUCUCCCUUCAGAGAGGGUAAUUGCAAAGUAAUUGGAGCUGUGAUCCAGAAUAUAGAUCAUCUUCGUACAAUACUCCUUAAUACCACGGGAUGUGGAGAUAUGCUUUAAGAAAUCUUCUUUUGUGUAAGUGCAAUUCUACUAAUUAAUAGCUCAAUUGUAUGCUGUCUGCACUGUCUGCUUUCUUUUUGCCUCUACACGUAUGAAGAUCUAUAUUCUGGAUUACAGCAUUUCUCUAGGCAGUAUAGACCAGCCGCUAGGAAGUGUGGGAACGAAGUGACUGACAUCUCUAUCCUUGCAUCCAAUCAAGCGUAUUGGCAUCACUAAUGCAGUUUGCCCUGCUUGGGUAAGCGUUCCCAAGCAGGGCAAAUGAAAGAAGACCACGGGAGGAACUAGGAUGGACUGAAGUGGGUGUUACAUGAAUAGUAACACUCCCAAAGCUCUGGAGAUGAUGGCGCUGGAACAGAGGUAAGUUAAUUAAAUAUAUCUUGAAAAUUUCCAUUGAAUACAUCCUGUAUCUCUGUGAUAUAUAAUGUAUUCAAUGUAUAUGGGGCGAUGUAAAGGAUCACUAUAGGGUCAGGAACACAAACAUGUAUUCCUGACCCUAUCGCGUUAAAUCCACCAUCUAGCCCCCCUGGGCCCCUUAUGCCUCCAUAAAUAUAGCAAAAUCUUACAGUAUUCAAGCCUGAAACUGUAACUCUGCAGGCUGUUUGCCUCAGAAAAACAAGCAGUCUGCUGACAUCAGAAGUGGUAGUCUGAUCCAAUCACAAUGCUUCCCCAUAGGAUGGCUGAGACUGACAAAGAGGCAGAUCAGGGGCAGAGCCAGCAGAAUUCAAACACAGCCCUGGUCAAUCAGCAUCUCCUCAUAGAGAUUAAUUGAAUCAAUUAAUCUCCUAUCAGGAAAGUUCAGUGUCUGCAUGCAGAGGGAGGAGAAACUGAAUGUCUGGAUGCAUUUUAGGCAGCCAUGACCCAGGAAGGAUCUCGAACAGCCAUCUGAGGAGUGGCCAGUAGAGGUAUCACUAGGCUGUUAUGUAAACACUGCAUUUUCUAUGAAAAGACAGUGUUUACAGCAAAAAGCCUGACAGUAAUGAUUCUACUCACCAGAACAAAUUCAAUAAGCUGUAGUUGUUUUGGUGACGAUAGUGUCCAUUUAAAGCAAGUUACAUUUUCCCUUUCAGUUUCACUUUAAACUAUACCUGUGCUACCAUGUAUAAUUAGUAAGUUAAGCUUACCCCACAUUCUGGUUCUGAUUAGCAUUUAUCUUUUCAUCACAUCUUGUCGUAGAAUGCAUGUAUUUAUAGAACUUUUUUUUAUUUAUUUAUUAUAUAUAAUACAAGUGAAAGCAUACAGAUGCAUGUGAAUGUAACUUGUUUUUUUCCCUUCUCUUACAGUCCAUUAGUGCAGCCAUUGCCUUCUUUUAUAGUAACUACCUUCUACUACAGUGGCAGCUGCUAAUUAUGGUCAUAUUUGGUUUCUUUGGUACCAUCUCUUUUUUCUUUGUGGAAUGGGGAGCAGUCAGCCAGGGUCCUCAAGAGACUCGCUAUGGAAGUAUAUAAAAACAAAAAACAUAUCCUUGUUACUGAAGCUGUUGACCAGGAACCGAAUAAUGGCUUUACUGCUGGGCAGAAAAAGAUUUGGUGAAGAUUGAGUUCACCCAGUCAACAAGGGAAUAAUCAGAAAAGCUGCAUUCAUUUUAUUAUGGGGACCCUACAAACAUGAUAUGAAAUCGGGAUGAGACUUUACAAGCCUGUAGUCUAAAUGGCUCUUCAUGCAGAAGCAUGACAAUGAAGAGUGUGUGUUCUGCAGUAGCUACAAAAUCUGAAACCUGUGACCUACCUUCACUGGAACUCUAAUUGGUUAUUUAUACUGUGAAGAGGAGUAUGGACACUAUUCAGACUAGAUGACCUGUAUGUUGGGAGUAUGGGAUUAACCUGCCCUUCUCUAUGUACAGUAUAAACACCACUGAGGUGCAAUUUGUACAAGGACACUGUAUGCCUUUUAUAAUGUCAAUAAUUGCACAUCAAAAUGUAUAACAGAAUCCACUGGAAUUAGGUUUGACAUUACAUAGUGAAAGAAAAUAAUCAUGUCACACCAAAAAAAUUAUCGUAAAGUUGGAGGUCAGACAUUCUGUACACUUUCGUUGGGAUGUGUAUACUUUUCUUUGUGUCAUCAGCAAUCAUUUCUUGAAUAUUGGAUAGUUUAUUUCUAACAGGGUUAUUUACUAUAGUGAAAAUUAAAAGUGAACUUCAAUUUGAAGGCCAGAGUAGCCAAACUGUAAGCAUAGCUAACUUGGAGGAUUUCUCCAGUUUGUCUAUUUUGGCCUUACAUUUAAAUUAAUUUUGAAUUCUCAAAUUAGUGAAUAACUCUGUUAGUUAUGCUUGGCAAUUCACCUGUGUUCAUGCAAGGAUCUUCCCAGAAUUCUGGGGAGGUGUUUAAUGGCCUUCGCUGCAUAGUAUAAUAUCUGGAGACUCUGACAAUUAUUUUGUUACAUAUUUUGAAGGGCUUUCUUUUUUUGUGGUUUGUUUGUUUUUAUGUAAGUUGAUACUGUUUUUGCUAAGCCAAAAGGUUGCCAACUCAGUCUCAUAAAACUUUACUUUUUUUUUUUUUUUUAUUCUGUGAACUCACUGUUUUCCACAAUGAUUAUUUGGAUAUGCAAUUUUCCCUGAUAAUCUAACCUAUUUUUGAUUCCAAGUAGACAACCUUAAGUUAAAUAUUAAUUUGUGGAGCAGAUGAAACAGUAGGACGAAGGAUUGUAAUUAUACAUUUUAAAAUGCACGUUUAUAUGUAUGUAAAUUGGUGCUGAGCAUUCAAUGGAAAAUAUGUAUCUUUGUGUUAAACAUGUGCCAAGUUAGUCAAUAGAAAAAGUAUAUUGUUUCCUUGUCCAUUAUCCUUUUAUCACAAUUUUUCACAACGUACAGCUUUCCGUCAAAGUAUUUAAUAAUGUUAUGCCCACUUCAGAUUGUUUUAUCACAGUUAAUCACUCUCAGGGUUUUUAAAUCUUCAAAACUUUAAUUUACAUUUUUAAUAAACAAAUGAGGAGCCACUGUAUGUCUUAUAGCUGAAAUUAUAUCAUUUCUACAUUUGGAGUGUGUAAUUAAAUGACCACCACAGUGCUCUAUUUUCCGUUUCUAGAAUAAAUGUGAUUGAUGCUGUCCCAAUGGGGGUCCAUCAGUUUUUACUGUCCAAAG